AUGGCGCCAAAGAGGAAAGCAAUUACUUCACCGACAUCAACGCCUCUGAAGAUGCCGAAAGUGAACACACACACACCCACGGAGAACAAGCAGUUUUACCAGUCUACCAUAAACUUAGUAGUGGAUUUGCGUGAAGGGGAAGAACAACUUGCUGCGGCUUUUAUCAAAUUACCAUCUAAAAAGUUAUACCCCGACUACUUCCACCUUAUAAAGAGCCCUAUAUCCAUCAAUGAGAUCCAAAAGAGGAUAAAUACGAGAUACACAGGAGAGUCAACCGAAGAAUUUCUUGACGAUUUUUAUCUAUUGCUUGAAAAUGCUACUACCUACAACGACGCAGAUUCAUGGAUUGUGGCCAAUGCAAAGAAAAUAGUUGACUUUGUGACCGACCAGGUAACCGAGUAUGAGAGCACAGUACCUGCAUCAGAAACUACCACCACGGAUAUUAAGCAACCAAAGAUUAAGUUGAAGUUAAAGGGAUCAUCAGCUGGCGCAACAACAGGCGUUGUAUCACCAUCCCCAAAAGCUGGCGACACUGAGAUUACAUUUGGCAAGUUACCUGAAUUAUGUUCCAAUGUGGUUAAGGAUGUUAUGCAUCGUGACUUUGAAGACAUUGGAGUUAUAAGUGGUCCGUUUUUGGACGAGGUUGAUCAAGACGUUUACACGGACUAUUCAAAUUUUGUGUCGAAGCCAAUGGCUUUCAACACUGUUUUAUCAAUGUUGGAAGCUAAAAAAUUGUUCAGUCCAAAGUACUCAUUACUUGAUAAUUUGCAAAAGUUCCACGACAUUGUUACUCUCAUAUUCACAAAUGCCAGAGCUUAUAACAAUGAGGACUCUCAAAUCUACCAGGAUGCUGUACUUCUCGAAGAAUACUUUGAAGAACUGUAUGGAGCCUUGAGGAAUAAAAUUGAGGCGGUGGACACCGCUAAACCAAAGCCUGCUAAAUUAAAGAUAAGCUUGAACAAGAAUGCUGAGAAAAAGAAUAGAAAAACAUCGAAAUUUUUUGAAAAUGAAGGAGGAGAAAGCGCUGCUGACGCUUCGAACAAUUUGUCUGGAAUUGAUGACGAGGCUACGACAAAAGUCAAAGUUGAAGACGACCGAUCAGCUCCUUCUGCUAAGCCCUCCGUUGAAAUUCAUUUGGAUAAAACAACUGACAAUACUAUGGGAAAGACGUUGCCAACACUUUUGGAAAGUAACUCAAUCAUCCAAGAGUCUUCAAUCUUCUCCUCGCCGGCUAUUGUGUCUCACAUUACCAAGUAUACUCAAGACAAGAUAGAUGCGUCUUUGUCAACCCUGGCUUCUCGGGAGUCAGAAAUAAAGCAGUCAUUGUUUCCAGCUCAAUCACAGCAGUCUAUUGCUACCUUGUUCUCCUACAAGGUGCCAGCAAACGGUUAUGUCGAUCAGUCCUACACAAUAUCUUUGCCAAACGAUGUGCUGCCUUAUGUAUCAUUGAAAACAUCUUUACACCAUCUCCUAUAUCUUUCAAAAAGAUCUGACUUGAUAGAUGGUCAUGGUUACCUUAACCUGACCUCUGAAGACGACUUUCAAUGCAGCUUAACUGUUAAUGGCGAGGUGCUCAACCAGCCGAAUGACUGCUUUGAAGAGUUGAAAGGAAAAGAAAAUCUUUUAGCUGUUCAGUAUGAUAUAAAGUUAGCGCAUGGAUUGAACAUGUUGACUUUUGAAUGUAAAGUAGCACCUUCCUUGAGCAGGAAGGUGAAGAAUACGAUUAUACAGGAUCAGCCUGAUGAAUUAUCUGGAAGCCGACACACGAGACACCAACUCCAGCAGAUGAAAAUGUCAUGGGAUGUGGAGAGCAUUACGUUUUUCGUCGUGUGUAACAGUGCCAAUUAA